UUGUGUGUUUUUUUUAACGGUAGGUUCAUGUUUGAGCCGCCGUGGUCACAGCAUUGUAAGCGACGUAAAUAACCACAACGCCAGAAACCCCUUGAGAUAACUUGGGAUACGAAGCAGAUAUGCUCAUUUUUUUACUAGUGUGAUCUUAUGGCAGCCCUUCUUCUUCUUACGCUAUGCAGUUGCAGUGGAGAGCUGUUCUGAUAAGUGUACAAGAUGUGGUGGAUUGUACUCGCCUUGCUAGUCCUGAUUGUAAUGGUCAGGGUAUGGUACAGACUGCAAUCAGGGCGCUGCACGUCUCAAAAAAUGUUGGAUGGCAAGACUGUAAUUAUCACAGGUGCCUCUGCAGGUAUUGGUAAAGCCGCAGCAUUUGACCUGGCAAGAAGAAAAGCUCGGGUCAUCCUUGCCUGCAGGAAUUUAGAAAAGGCUCAGAAAGUUGCAGAUGAGAUCAUAAGGGACACAGGAAACACUUCAGUUCUUGUACACAAGCUAGAUACCUCAGACCUUUCUUCUGUCCGAAGUUUUGCACAGGAGAUUGUCAAAACAGAAAAUUCUCUACAUAUUUUGAUAAACAAUGCUGGGAUGGCUGGUCAUUAUAAAAGGGAACAUACAGCUGAUGGCUUGGAGUUAACAAUGGCAACAAACUACUAUGGCCAUUUUCUGCUUACCAAUUUGUUACUGAGUCUUCUGAAGAAAAGUGCCCCGAGCAGAAUCGUCAAUGUGUCUUCCAAAAUGCACGAGUUUUGCGGUAAGCUAGACCCAGAAGACCUCAAUUUCGAGAAGAGUUCUCAUAACAGUUUCACGUCGUACAAUCAGAGCAAACUGUGUAACAUCCUCUUCACACUAGAACUCGCAGACAGGCUUCGUGGCUCAGGGGUUAUAACAAACAGCUUGCACCCUGGAGCUGUGGAUACUGAAAUUGCCCACAAGAUGGGUGGCUUUAUUGGCUACACACAAGCACUUUUGUUCAAGUUGAUGGGAAAGGAUUGUGAACUCGGUGCCCAGACCAUCAUCCACUUGGCAGUUGCAGAAGAAGUUGAAGGCAUAUCAGGGAAAUACUUUGUUGACUGCAAGGAAACAGAGAGUUCCAAGCUGGCUCAGCACAGAGGAAUUGCCAAAAAGCUGUGGCUUGCCAGUGAACUUGAUGUGAAGUUGGAAAAUGAGGAAAUGCAGUAGUCUUAAAGGAGGAACCUACAGCAAAAAAGAUAUAUAUAUAUAUAUAUCUGUAAGUGAAUUGAAAUAUUUAUUUGGCUUAUUGGCUUUGUUGAAAGCAGAGUAAAUUCAGAUUAUAGAAGAUGCAGUAUAUAAUUUCAGAGUAAUCCAGCCCAUGUGAGAUCUUUGCUUUCAUGGUCUUGUAUAUCACAGUAUAACUGUUUGGAAUA